AUGGUUCCUCUGCGACGCGCCACCGCCACGGCACUAGCAAAAGAAGUGACCUGCCGCAUCAUCUACCAACAUGGAUGCCCGGACCAACUCAUCUCGGACAACGGGACCCAGUUCACCUCUCGCCAGUUCCGCACCUUGCUGGCAUCAUUCGGGAUCCAGCACCGCACGUCACCUGUCUACGCGCCGCAUUGCAACCCGGUGGAGAGGGCGAAUCGGACCAUCAAGACCAUGAUUAGUCAAUACGUGGGCGACCGGCACCGGGAUUGGGACGAGCACAUUGACGCGUUGCAGUUCGCGGUGAACAUCGCCCGACACGAGGCAACAUACACCCCGACCUUUCUGCUCCACGGCCGCGAACUGGCACCUCCCCAUCCUGCCGAGCGACAACCAACGCCGAACCCGACUUCGCCGGAGUCGCAUCGACAACGCCUGGAAGAGGCCUAUGAAGUCGCCAGGGUGCACCUAGCCCGAGCCUUCCAAAAACAGGAGCGACAUUAUAACAUGAGACGACGCGACUGGCGCCUCCGGGUGGGCGACACGGUUUGGAAGCGAGAACGCCCCCUGUCCAGCCGCGACGACGCGUUUAACGCCAAACUCGCCCCUCGAUUUUCGGGGCCCAUGGAAGUACGCAGGAUAAUAUCCCCAGUCAUCGUGGAUCUACGCGACGAACACGGGAAAUGGCACCGGCAUAUCCACGUACAGGACCUGAAACCGCAACCGAACAUACCAGGAAGUCCUCGGGUGGACGAGGAUGACGCAUAA